GUAAUAAGAUUGAUUUAGCUGAUAAGAGGGAAGUCUCCCAGCAAAGAGCUGCAGAGUUUUCCGAAGCACAGGACAUGUACUACCUGGAAACCUCAGCAAAAGAAUCAGAUAAUGUGGAGAAACUCUUCCUGGACUUGGCCUGCCGGUUGAUCAGUGAGGCACGACAGAACACCCUUGUGAACAAUGUCUCGUCCCCCUUACCAGGAGAGGGGAAAAGUAUCAGCUACUUGACUUGCUGUAAUUUUAAUUAA